GCCUUUUACGAGGCAAAUUGCGCGUAGGUCGAAUACGUACGCGUUAAGCGCGUCGCGGGACUUCUACGGUCACCACCAAUCGCGCUGUGGCCACUGCGCCCCACGCUUAACUCCGUACGGCGACUGCACACAUUGCUCUCCGUGCUCUGCUCUCAGGCGCAGCUCGCUCGUCACACCGCUGCACACUGACAUCCAUUGUGCACACUAACAUGGACGUCUCUGCACAAGCGUUCCGAGACAGAUGGUCAUUAAGCGACUGUUGACUUGACGGGACUAAUGGCCGCGACGGUGCCCCAUCGAUCAUCCAGAUUCACCAUCGGUCCCUUGGAGCUGGAAACGACCGCCGGCGAAUUGCAGGACGACAGUGAGGACACCUCCGGUCGCGCGGCCUGGACCGCCGGCUGCAAGCUGGCCGAGUUACUGCUGCUGGAGGACAAGUCGUCCGUGCGUGAGUGGGUCGCACCGGGCGCGCGCGUGCUUGAGUUAGGAUGCGGCUGUGGGGUAGCAGGUUGCGCCGUCGCGGCGCGCGACCCGGCCGCGCACGUCCUCUUCACCGACAGCAAUACGGCGUGCCUAGACACGGCGGCGCGUAACGCCUCCCGCUUCGGAACGCGGUGUUCGACGUCGGUGCUCCGCUGGGGCGACGUCGACGCGGCCUCGAAGAUUGCCACGACGUUCCGACCAAUGCUCGUCAUCGGUACGGACGUCGGCUACGACCCGUCGUCGCACGGGGCCCUCGUCAGAACGCUCGCCGCCCUGCGCGCCGAGGUGGUGCUCGUCGAGCAGGUGCGGUACCGCGACGUGUUUGGGUGGUUCCUCGACGAGCUCGAACGGGCGGGCUUCGCGCUGGCCGGGCGCGUCGACGACGUCGGGGAGAGGGUGUGCUGUAUGCGUUUUUGUAUCAACACGAAUGAUUCUUAAACGACGCCUAGGGCUCGCUCAGAG